AUGAAAAAGACACAUAAGAAAUAAUCCACAAUCUAUAGAUAAUCAAUUGCAAUGACUGAAAUAACACAGAAAUUGAUAGAAAAAAACGAUGUUUUGGCAUAAGAAAUAUAAAAAAUAGUAAAGAAAUUAUCUCCUGAAAGCAGAAUAGAAAAAGCUGAAAGACAUAUUUAUGAUGCCUAUUAUUUAAGAGCAAUACGUAAUGACAUAGAUUUAGUGAAUAAGAAAUAUUUGAAACUUUUAUGGUAUUUAGAGAACAAUCAAUAUUGGUUAAGUUUUUUAUUUAUUUUAUCAAUCAUCUAUCAAUUAAUAACAUUUUUUGAAUCUUCAUUUCCUGAUUAAGAUAAUAUGGAGAAUCAAAAUUUAUUUAUUGUAGAACUUAUAAUUUUGUUAUUUAUGGGUAUAGAUUCAAGUAUUACAAUUAUUUUAUUAUUAACAAAGAAGGAAAAUAGAUUUAAUUUUAAUCCAAAGAAAUAAUUUAAAAUGAUUGUAUACUAUUUUUGUUUAGUUGAUUUCAUAAUGCAUACAUAUGAUCCAACUUUAUUUAGAAUUAGUAAAAUAUGUAGAACCAUGUUAAUGCCUAUGUAUUCUAAAGAUUUGAGAAGAAAUUUAAAAGGAAUUAUGAAAGCAGGUAAAGAUCUAUUAUUAUUAAUCAUGUUGUAUAUAAUUAUAAUAUCAUUAUUUUCAUUUAUUGGAAUUAAUUUUAUAGGAAAAAUAGAUGAUGUUGAUUUGAAAACUUAAGAUUAUGGUGAUUUCUUUAAAUUUUUUUCUAUGUUAUUUAUGGUAGCAACACUUGAUUUCUAUCCUGAUAUUCUAAUUCCACCUAUGCUUUAAGGAAUUUAUUAUUGUUUAUUUUUUAUUGUAUAUCUUUUACUUUUCAUUUUCUUAUUUGCUCCUAUACCAUUAGCAGUUGUAUAUGAAGGAUUUAGAAAACAUAGAAUGGAAAUUGCUAUAAGUGAUAUCAUUAAAUAAAAGACUGCUAUGAUGGCAAGUUUUAUAUCUUUAGAUUUUCAUGAUUAAGGAUAUUUAACUAGGGAUUAAUUCAGAAUAUUUAUUCAUCAUUUCUAUAAGAAUACAAUAAAUGAAUCAUAAAUAGAUUAAUUAUUCAAUUAAAUUGAUUAAGAUUUUAAGUAAUGUAAUUAUAAAAAAUAUAGUGAUAAGGUUCAAUUUGAUGAAUUUCAUAAGUUUCUACAUUUACUCUAAGAUGCUUCAAUAUUAUCUUUACCAGAAAUUAAACCUCUUCAUUUUUGGGAAUCAUUCAGAAAUUAUUUGAUAUCUAAAGGUUUAUUAAAAUUUGUGGAAGGAAAUGUAAAUUUAUUAUAUAUAUAUAUUUAGAUAUUUGGAAUAUCUAUGUUAAUAAUUACAAUUUCUAAUUGUAUUUUAAUAGUAGUGGCAUUUUUUAUUGAAGAUUAAGAUAUCUUGGAUAUUUUCAAUUUAUUAGAUACUUUAUUUUUAAUUAUAUAUUCUAUAGAAUGUUUAAUAAAAAUUAUAGCUUUAGGUAUCAAAUCUUAUUUUGAAGAAGGAUGGUAUAUUAUUAUAUUAGAUAUAAAUUUAGGAAUAUUUUUGAUAUAACUUUGGUUAUCUUACAAAUAAUAUUUGAUUAUAUAUUAUUUAAUAUAGUUUCAGGAAAUAUUGUUUAAUCUAUUAAAGCUAAUAGAUUAUUGAGACUAGCUAAAAUAUAAAAAGUAUUCAGACUAUUUAGAGCAUUUCGAUCUCUAAAGAUAUUAAAUAUCUUAUUUGAAGGUUUACAAUUUUUAGAUGUUGUAAGAACUUUAUUAUACAAAAUUAUUAUUUGUGUACCUUUAAUCUUAAGAUUAAUGUUACCUGUACAAAUGAUAUUUUUCAUAUAUUCUUGUAUUGGUAUGUAUUUAUAUGGUACAAUAUAAAGUAAUCAUAAUAAUCCAUAUGCAAAUUCUGAAUGUAAUAUUAAUAAUUUUGAAUAUAAAUGGGGUAAUUGUAAAUAUGCUGAUUUUACUACUUUUGCAGGAUCAUAUUUAAUGAUGCUUUAAAUGUUCAUAGCAGCUGAAUGGAAUUAAAUAGUAUUUGAAUUAACUUAUGAUACUGAUGAUAUGUUAUCUGCUAUGUUAUUUGUUGGUUCUUUUGAAUUUUUUUCAAUCUUUCUCUUAGCCUUAAUUGGAGGAUUGGUUUGGGAAGUAUUUACAGUUGUGUCUUAAUCAUUGAAAUAAGAUGAUGAUCAACUUAAUCCUAUAUAAAAUAAUUUAGAUUAAAAAUAAGAAGUCAUUUACAAUUAAGCAGCUAAACAUGAUAAGAAAAAGAAAUUAAUUUUAAAUGAUGAUAAUCCAGAUGAAAUUAAAUUUCAUCGUAAAUUCAAAAUUGAUAAUAUUAGUAAAACACAUACUAAGCUUUAUAAUGUAUAAUAGGUUUUUGAAGAUGAUAUUAUAAAUGAUGAAAGACCAGAAUUGAACAUUUCUUAACCUGAUUCACGUACAUACUUCCUUUCUUAAGGUGUUUCAGGUAGAAGAGUUAUGACAUUCUAAAAUUCAAAAAUAAAUGUAUAAAGAAAUGAUAUUGUUAAUCAUUUCUCUAAGAAUUUUAUUUAAUUUGAAAUAUGGUUAUCUACAAAAUAAGAAGAAGGUUUAGAUUUAAAUUAAGUGGCAAUAGAUUAUAUGAUACAUUUAAGAAGUGAAAUUAAAAAGGAUGAAAUGCUUUAAAAAAAGAAUCUUAAUAUCUCUAAUCAUCAUCUACUUAUUUAAAAUGCAGUACUUAGAGAUGCAUCUGAAGUUUAUAUUAAAUAGAAAGAAGAUAAAUUCUUUAAAACAUCAUUUAAGUAAAAAUUUGAGAGAAUUUAGGAACUUAAAUUUUAGAAUAAAUUUAAAAUUGAAAGUAAAAUCAUUUUUUCUCUAAUGGGAAUACUUAAAUUUCCAAAACCAAAUAUUAAAUACUAUUUUUAAAUACUUAAUUUAAUAGAAAACUAUUUCACUUAUUAAUUACUCUCUGAUUAUUCUUUUUUUAAAUUGAUUCAUCAAAUCAAUAAUAAAUGGUAUACUAUUAGUAUAGAAGAUGGAUAAAUAUAUUUUUUUAAAGUAGGUAAUGGUCCAUGGGAUUACACAGAAUAAUUAUUCUAAGAAAGUAAUAUGAGAAUAUGUGAAGAUUUGACAUCAUUAUUUGAAACUAAUAAUCAGGAAUGCAUAAAAGCUAAUGAGUAAUUUAGUAUUAGUGUUGAAUAAAUUGCUAAAAACUUUGAAAUUAAUAUAUCUUCUAUUGAGAUGAACAAUUCAUGUGUAAUGUAAUAGAUUAAGAAUGAAAAAUUGAAUAAUAACGAUAUUUAAUCAUUUAAAUUUAAGAAAUGUAUUUUUCAAAUUUAACUUAAUUAGCCAAUAUAUUUUCAGACUAAUCCCCUAACAAUAAAUAAUAUGUAUAUUUAGAUUCAUAAAAUCAAAUAAAUGGUACUCUUAAAUUAAGUCAAUCUCCUAAAAUGAAUAUGAACAAUUUAGAUGAGUAAAAGAAUGUUAGUCAAACAAUCUUAUUUGUUAUUGCAAGAACAUCAGCAUAAGAAUAAAAAAUUAAAUAUUAAAAUAUCACUAUGCUUACUUAAUUCUUAUAGGAUUUGGGAAUUGUCAUAUAAAAUUAUGGUUCCAACUUCUUUAAUUAAAUAAACAAUCUUUAUGAAUUAAGAUAUUAGCAUAAAAUUCAGAGUAUGCGUAAAUUUUGA